AUGCCGGACCUCAACGCAACCUCACCCUCCACUCGUCCUCAACAAUGGAGCCAUACCCCUCAUGAAUCAUCGGAUGAAGUCCCCUCUCUCCCACCCUUCUAUUCACCUCGCCCAAUACCAGUCUCCCGCGCAAUAUCAGAACUUGACUUAAAUCAACUCGAUGUAUCUAAUCUCUCUCUCACUCGUCGUGAUGAUACGUCCUCGCAGCUUUCCGAUCACAAUGAAUCAUUACCCGAUCUCGUCUCCCCAGCCUUUACACCCCCUUCCACACCCGGCACAUCCACACCUUCAUCUCUCGCACAUCGUCCUGCAAGAUCAGUACCUGUAGACUCGAGUACACCAGCUGGAGGAUGUGGUUCAAAAAAACCAAAACUGUUAAAGAGACUACCAGAGGUCAACUGUGUAGUUCGCGCACGAAUUCCUACAACUACUGGAACUGAAAUGUUUCUGCACUUAUACCAAAACGAUGAGGAUAAUAAAGAGCAUCUAGCCAUAGUAUUUGGAAACAAAAUACGCAGUCAAAGCUUGGAUGCUGUACGAGAAGGAGAAACGGAAAUGGACAGGCUGAUACGUGGGGCAUACACGGGAAGAUUAUUUCCAGGUCGCACUACAAGUAGCAUGCCUCCUUCGGCGAAGGAUCGAGAACAGCAAGAAGACAAGACCGAGGCACCACUGGUUAGAAUUCAUUCGGAAUGCUACACGGGAGAGACUGUAUGGUCUGCUAGAUGCGAUUGCGGUGAGCAAUUGGAUGAAGCUGCAAGAUUAAUGUCUUUACCCAAUUCGUCCGGGCAAGCCGCGGGUGGUAUCAUAAUCUAUUUGCGACAAGAGGGAAGAGGUAUUGGCUUGGGAGAGAAACUGAAGGCAUACAAUUUACAAGAUUUGGGAUCUGAUACUGUGGAAGCAAAUCUACUUCUGAGACAUCCGGCAGAUGCUCGCAGCUAUGGAUUGGCUACUGCUAUGUUGAAAGAUUUAGGAGUUGAGGAAAUCAAACUUUUGACGAACAAUCCGGAUAAGAUACGAGCAGUCGAGGGGCCAAAUCGAGAAGUGGUGGUAAAAGAGAGAGUCGCCAUGGUUCCUUUGGCUUGGAGUGGAAAGACUGGUGGAAUUCGCAGUCAGGAGGUAGGCGGGUAUCUAAAAACUAAGAUUGAGAAGAUGGGACACAUGCUUCAAAUGAACGAAGCAUCAUGAUAAAUGAAUUUUGAGAUAUCAAUGCCAUCUUCCAACGAAAUGUGGAAAACAUAAAAAUCAUCUCUCCUUGAGCGGCACGAGAUUCCGAUUUGCAAUGGGCUUUGGGCUGCGCAUUGAGCUGAACAUCACGGCGGUGUAAAUCGGCGUUU